GAAAACCAAACACGCUUGUCAGUCCGUAAAUAUCACACCGGAACCCGUACCGGUGCCACGUUGAGAGUAUAAUAGAGCCCGUCUUUAUUUCGGACUGAUAGAAACAAGCAGUGUUCAUACCUUCACAAUUACUAAACAUGAUUCGGUUAGUUUUAAUAACUCUAGCUGUCAUUGCUAGACUAUCAGCAGGCGAUGUUGAGGAAGAAGAAGGAGUUUUAGUUUUAACAAAUUCUAAUUUUGAAGGAGUUAUUGCAGAUAAUGAAUUUGUUUUGGUCGAAUUUUGUAAGUAUUAGUAUUUGUUUUUGCGGUGACUGUUCCUCGAUUCAUUAUGUACUAUUCAGUUACAGUUUUCUGUUAGAGAAAGGUAUGUUCUAGCUUGAGCGUUUAACUAAAGGAAAAACCAAAUGAGAUUUGGGUUCGUACCACAAUUUAUCAUUCAUGCCAUUAAUUUUUAUGUUAAUGACUUAAAUGAGUCAUUACUUAAAUACUUCGCAUUACUAUUCAAUAUUACUUACUUACUACUUAGUCUAAUUACUUAGUCCAAUACAUACUUCUACAGACUACAGAGACAGUUUUUUUGUCUUGUUGAAAACUACCAUUUAUCGGGGAUAGCCUAAACUGGUAUAUCCCUACACUCUGUAUACCACCUACACUGACACUACAGUUGUCUUGAGUAGUCUACAACAGCCACUUGCUCCGAUUUUUAAAAAUGGGGCUAAGGCUAAGAAGUCUUUGAAAUUGAAAGGUCAAAUGCAGAUAUGAAAUGUCUACACUUUAAUUUUAGUAAUCACUGAGUCUAAGUAAUAUACACAGUAACACACACACCACAUUUGAAUUAGGUUUAGGCCUCCUUACUUCUGUAAUUCAAGCUGCAACAUAAUCUGUUUUGAGUAGGCCUAUUCCUUUCUCUUCACCAUAAGUUUGAACUUUGAACCAAGUCCCUACUUCUUUUUCCAAUUUUUAUUUUUAAUAGUAAUAGCUCAUUCAAAUGCAAACAUAACUAUGUGCGUCAGUGUUUCUUCUAAUAUUGAUAUUUCAAACGUUAUACAUAAUUUUGGGACCAUCCUGAAAGGGCCAGGGUGAUCAUGAAUUUUACGUUGUUUGCUGGGACUUGGAUGUGGAGGUGAUGGUCAAUUUUUAACCUUUAAAAGAUUUUCUCUUUGCAUCUGCUCUCAUUUCCAUCUUGUAAAGGGUAAUUUUUGUUGUUGACACUGUUUCAUUUUGUUUAGUGUUUGAGUACUCUGUAUGCUGACUUGAAAGGUUGCCUGAGUUGACACAGAAUUACAGCUCCUGUUUGCUGGGUCAAGGAAAGGGGGGUGGGGUUGAGUGAUGGGGAAAUAAGAAGAGGGGAUUUAUCUAUAGCCGCUAUUUUUGAAAAGCAUUCGUUGUUUAAAAACCCCUUCUUUUGUGAAAAAUUUGCAGAUAAAAAUUAUCAUACUAAAUAAAAAUUAGAAGAUUUAAACAAAUAUUUAAAAAAUACUUUCUUUCAAAGAUGAGUUUAAGUGCACUAAUAAGUAGAAAUUAAUUUUCUUAACAUGGAUUUCCAAAAAGAAAGUCUGUGUAGAAAAUAUUUUUACAAAUUUGAAAACAAACAAAUUUAAGUUUGUUCCAGAUUUAAUUGGAUUCCUUUGGCUUAAGAGUGCCUUAUUGCUCUUCUGCACUUACUUUCUUUUCUUGCAGGAUAGGCAAUGUAGGCCUAUUGCUGUUAGCCUUAGUCUACUUUUUAAUACUAAAACUCAUGUCAGUUUAAUUUAAUUGGCUAUGCACUAUUGGAGAGCUAAUUUAUUAUAGAUAUAGACCUACUAGACCAGCUAUAGUUCAAGCAUUUCUUCUUGGACUGGUAGAAUAGCUAUUCCGAAUACUUAUUCAUUCAAAAAUACUUUCAUUUUACCUCUUCUUAGCUAGUCCUAGGUAUUUUAAUUAAACAUCAGGCCUUACAUUUUUGGACCAAUCUUUUAGGCAUAAUAUCAAAAUCCAAUUUAAGUCUGCUAGUAAGUCAUAACACCAACAUGCAUUAACUUCCUUGAUUAACAUUUGGGCCUGUUAUGUCAUUUUGAAAGGAUCCCUUUAAUCUUUUAUUGCAAAUGAAUAUAAAAGACUCUAGGUCUGUAGCAUCGUUUAAGAUAACUUUAAAUUAUUACAGAUGCUCCUUGGUGUGGACACUGCAAAGCUCUUGCACCUGAAUAUUCAAAAGCAGCCAAGAAAUUGAGUGAAGAUGGCUCCAAAAUCAAGCUCGGAAAAGUUGAUGCAACCGUUGAAUCCCAGCUGGCUGAGAAAUAUCAAGUUAGAGGAUACCCAACUCUUAAGUUCUUCAAAAAUGGAAAUGCUCUUGAGUAUUCAGGUAAAUGUUUUUUUUUUUUUUUUUUUUUUUUGAAAUAAAAAGGGUAAAAAAAAGUGUUCAAAAUAUGAACAUUUAUUUAUUACGCUACAAAAAAUGCACAUUUAUUUAUUACACUCAACAAAUCAGUACUAAAAUUAAGAUUGACUGUAAUAUGAGUAAUUAUCUUGUGACAGGUGGUCGUCAGUCCAGUGAUAUUAUCAACUGGCUAAUCAAGAAAACCGGCCCCCCUGCUACAGAUCUUAACGACAAGGAUGCUGCUAGUGCUUUCAGAGAAAAGCAAGAUGUUGUUGUCAUUGGCUUUUUCAAGGUAAAAGCUGUUAUAGGUUGUUUUUCUUCCCUCACCUAUUUUUGUUUUACCGUUUAUACUAGCAUAAAAGUAUUCUACUGUUUAGACAAUUUCAAGAUGGUUAAAUGUGUUGUGUAUUUUUUUCUUUCUUUACAUAAAGGAUCUUGAAUCUGAUGGUGCUAAAGAAUUCCUUAAAGUUGCCAGUGCCCUGGAUGAUAUCCCAUUUGGUAUCACUUCUGACAGUGAAGUUUUUGCAGACAAUAAAGUUGAAAGUGAUGGUGUUGUUCUAUUCAAGAAGGUAAGAAGUGCAUUUUAAGUAUGAUUUAUUUGAUAACUUUUUUUAUAAAUGGAUUAUUUCUGAGUCUUCUGUGUUACACAUUUUCAUGUAUAUUGUCUAAAAUCUCUAAGAUGUGACAUUUACCCAGAAGAGUAAUAUUCCAACCUCAGUGGCAUCAAUGUGUUUAUUUUAUAAAGGGAAUUUAAUAAUUUUUGUAGUAUUAUCAUAAGGCAGUCUGAACAUUCUCACAGUGUAGUUGUUCUUUGUGAUUAGUAAGAAAUAUAUUGUGUAUUGGUAAAUUCUUUAAAAUAUUUUAAUGGUGUACACAGCUAGAUAUAUAUAUAUAUAUAUAUAUAUAUAUAUAUAUAUAUAUAUAUAUAUAAACAAGUGGCAGCACUGUGUCUUUGUUUUAUUAGCUCCUUAUUUAUUUGUGCACAGUUUUUUUUCCAAAAUACUUGUAUCAAAUAAUCUUCUUUAUAUUGUGUAUUGAUAAAUUUUAUAAAAUAUUUUAAUUGUGUACACAGAUAUAUAUAUAUAUAUAUAUAUAUAUAUAUAUAUAUAUAUAUAUAUAUAUAUAUAUAUAUAUAUAAACAAGUGGCAGCACUGUGUCCUUGUUUUAUUAGCUCCUUAUUUAUUUGUGCACAGUUUUUUUUCCAAAAUACUUGAAUCAAAUAAUCUUCUUUUCACAAUUUCAUAGUUUUGGUAAUACCUGCCUUGAUAAAUGCACUCUGAUUCAUUCUAAUACAUUUGAAUACUUUAUUCAGUGCUCAAGCUGUUUUGUCUUAAAUUCAAUGGGUUAUCUUGAAAGAUUAAGAAAUAUGCUUUCUUAAAAUAUGAUGCCCAAAAGCACAGGCUCUGCAAUGUGUUCAGGAACCAAGAUCUGAAAACCUUGAUCAUUUAAAAGUAGAUACAAUGAAAGAGUUGUAUGACUCUUGUGAUAUGUUUUAUUGACAUUAUAUAGUACAAUAAAUAUGCACUCAUUUUUUCACAUUUUAUUUUGCUUUCAUAAGAUAUUCAAUAAGCUAAUGAAUUACAUUAUAAGCUUUAAAGCUUAUAAAUGCUUUUCAAACACCCAGAUGAAGUAAAUUAUAGACAUCCUAAAUGCUUAGUUGGUAAUUGCCUGUAUAACUCCUUAAAGAUGUCGGAAAAUAAAAAAUGGUUUACCAAUGUCUUUUCUUUAAAGUAAUUUCACACGUCAUUAACAUUAGCUGACAAUAAACUCCAAAACUUUUAUUCCUGAUUAAUUAUUACAAGGCCAAUUUAAUUUACACAAGAAGAUAGCCUUCUGUUAUAAGAAUAUGAGUUUUCAAUGAUUUGGCAGAUGGUAACAAAGUUGCAACUGGUGAUUGCCAGUAAUUUGGGGCAACCUCUGCAGGUUCUGGUGCACUCAAUGGAACUUGGGAUUGAACCAGAAAUGAUUUUUUAAGAAGGGCAUAACAAAUUUUCUCUAGCAAUCAAAGCAGACUAAAUGUAAUUAUUUUACAGGAGCACUCUGUUGAUGACUGUCAGUACUGUCACCCUUGGUUUGCUUAAAAUGCUUUUUUUUUUUUUUUCUUUGUUGAGUUUAAUUAGAAAUCCCCCCUACAAAUGAUCCUGCAAUUUUUAUACAGUUCUCUAGUACUGAUAUGUGGGUGGUCACCUCAAAUCAUCAAGCACGUCAGUUUACUUGGCAUAAGCGUCAAACAAUCAAAAUGGCCCUUUUUGAACAUUUUCUUCCUUCUCAGUGUACAAAUAUGCUGUACAGGUAGUUGAAACUUGUGAGUACAAAGCUUUACCAGUUUUGUUUUAAAAUCCACCAACUUCAGUGUUACAAAAAAAACUUUUUCUUGUUGGGUUGGAUGGUGAACCUUGUAUAUUUGACUUGUGUAAUUUUGAUUGAUGAAAAGCAAAGUUUUUGUCACUUUCACCUUAAAUAAAAUAAUUUUCAAAAAGCAUUGCAAAGUUUAAAACAUUUUAAAGAUCACCUCUUUGCAAUGUUAUCUGUUCAUUUUAUUUGUUAAUGCAAAUUAUAGUUUACUCGACUUACAAUCACACAGAAUGUUUGAAAAAUUACUGCUGUUAUUCAUUUAAAUCUCUGUUUUUCAAAGAUAAUAGUUAUUACAAAUGUCUAAUAUUGCUGGUUUUGUCCAACCCAACAUACUUUUUUAUUAUGUUUUAAAGGAAUGAGUUGCAGGCUUUCAGAAGUUCUUCCCUUCUUCAUGGCACUAAUUUAUUUAUUAGACAUCAGAUCCGUGUUGCAAAGCAUUGAUUUUAAUUUUUGUGCUAUUUCUUUUCUUUAUAUUUUAUGUUUUUUACAUUUUGCUUUCAGUUUGAUGAGGGUAGAAAUGACUUUAAAGGUGAUUUGAAAGAAGAUGAGAUUCGUAGCUUCAUUGCUGGCAACAGACUGCCAUUGGUGAUUGAAUUUACUCAAGAGGUUAGUAGUUCUUUUAAUUUUUUUAUUCACUUGCAAAUACAUAAAUUAAGGUAAAGUAAAGAAAAAAUGAUUUAUUAAAUGUUUGCUGCAGAUGCAUGUCUAUAUAAUAAAUUUGUUUUUCCCCCCUUUUUUAGUCAGCUCAGAAAAUCUUUGGAGGCGAAAUCAAAAACCACAUUUUACUGUUUUUGAAGAAAGAGGGCAAUGAUGAUGUUAUUCAGGGAUUUGGUAAUGCUGCUAAAGAUUUUAAGGGAAAGGUAAUGUCAAUUUACAUCUAAUUUAUUUUUUGUGAGCAUGCUUUUUGGUACCUCUUAUUAUAAAUUAUUAUGCUUUUCUUUCUUUCAACUUGUAUAUUAUUGCCUUUACUAGAGAGCUAGUCUGAUGAAUAAAAAUUACCUUCCAGAUUCUGUUUAUUUACUUGGACACAGCUAAUGAGGACAAUGGUCGUAUUAUGGAAUUUUUCGGACUUAAGGAGUCUGAGGUUCCAGCAGUUCGGCUGAUUACAUUGGCUGAAGAUAUGACUAAAUACAGGCCUACAUCUGAAGGUGUUGAUUCUGAAACUAUCAGACAGUUUGCUCAAGAUUUCUUGGAUGGGAAAUUGAAGGUAUGCUUUUUAAAAUUUUAUAUCAGUUUAAAUUUAAACCCUUAAAAAUGGCAAAAGAUUGAGAUAUAUAGAAUUCAAUGCUUCUGGGUACAUCACAUUUGUAAAGCCUGUUAAAAAUUGAGAAGUUCUCAGGAAUUGUAUUGACAAAAUAGGAUACCACGCUAGUAGCUCAAUUAAAAAUGGGCAGCCAAUGCUGGGCGGGACAUUUAGAAAGAAUGACAGGUGUGAAGAGGGGGAAUUACAAAAUCCUAGGGGUGUGCCGGAUCCGUUUUUUCCAUCCGGAUCCGGAUUUUCUUAUGCGAAAUCUGCCGGAUCCGGAUUCGGAUCCGGAAUAAUCCGGAUUCCGGUUUCUCCCGGAUUUUGGUACUAUUGGUAGAUACUUCGGUAAGUCAAGGUGGACUACUACUUUUUGUGUAUGGGAAUUCGCAAUCGGCGCCAAAAAAUCCGAGUUUUUAAUUUUCCGAUGUGUGUGUCUAUUUAUUAUUAAAUUAGUACUUUCGAUAUAAAUUUGAGUUCCGUUCCAUUUGGAUAUGUGUCUUAAGAGAGACGCCAUGUUUCUACGCGUUCGCAGCAGGUCAUGCAGCUCGCUCAACCUAAUUUCGCCAUGGGGUUGGCCACGCCCCCCUUUUUAAUGGCGGAAGUUGACGAUACUUAGGAAAUAUUAAUAUAUUAUCACUAUUUACAUCAAAAUAAUUGAUAACUUGUGUUUCAGAAUGCAUUUAAAGACAUUUAAACUGGAAUGUUUUAAUUUGAGCUUUAACAACCCGGUAGAAUCCAUAUUAUAAAUGAUCAGAAUUUACCGUGUGCAACACGUUGUCAUUGGCAACCAUUCACAGCCACUUGCAUAACUGUAUCGUAGUACUACCUCAGAGUUUCAUUCAUAAGAGUUUGCCGUGUGCAAAAACUAUUAAACCAUUGGUCAGGGAAAGCUUUAAUUAAUUAUUCAUGUGCCAAAGUUGAAAGUUUAAACUAAGUCUAAACAGUAUUUUAGUGAUAAGGCAGGGAAUGCGUUGCCUUAUAUAAACUAUAUAGUCAUUGCGCAUGACGGGAUUGGCGGAAUGAGAUCACAGAAUGUGGAGAUGCAGUCCAUGUUAAAAAAUGACAAACCAAGUCGUACUUUAAAAAUUCAUAACUUUAAAACUACAACAGCUAAAAAUAUGAUUUUGGUGUUAUAAUUCUUUAAAAAAUUACAUCUUUUCAACUAUGCCAUUGGUUUAUUUUUACAAAAAGUUUAAAUUUUCUUAUCAAAGUCCCUACACUAUUGGCCACUAUUAGCGGUGCUGACUCUAGCCUCUGGUAUGUACGGAAUAUUAAACAUUAAACAAGCUCAACGCUCGAAACAAUCCAUUAAUGUAUCGUGAUCGUGUGGAAUUCGGGAAAGAGAAUUACUUUUAUUUCAGAUUAUGAUCCGGUGAGUCACAAAAUCUGGCAAAUUCCGAAAUCCGGUAUAUUCCGGAUUCCGGAAUCCGGUUGUUCCGGAUACAUGUAAAUCCGGCGGAACCGGAUUUCACCGGAUAGUGCAAAAUCCGGCGGAACCGGAUUCCGGACCGGACUCCGGCACACCCCUACAAAAUCCCCAGAGGAAAACUGCCCAAGGGCAGACCAAGGCUUUGAUCUGUGGAUGAUAUGGAAAAGGUCUACAGCAGCAGGGAAUACAAGCAUGGAAAAGAUAAUCACCAGUCAGGUCUGAGUGGAAGGAAUUGGUUAGGCCAAUGCCCUACAUGGGCUCUAGCGCCACAGGAUGUGCGUUAGAUAAACUCAAGAAUUUAAAAACACAACAGUUAUGUUACAUGAUUUUUAUUUUGUUGUUUUUUAGGCUCAUUUGAUGUCUGAGGAGAUCCCUGAAGAUUGGGAUGCUAAACCAGUAAAGAUUUUGGUUGGCAAGAAUUUCAAGGAAGUUGCUCUCAACAAAGACAAAGCAGUCUUUGUUGAAUUUUGUAAGUUUUCUUUCUUAUCAUUUGACUGCAUGCUUUUUUUGUUUGGUGAGAUAUUUUAGGAUGACCCAUUUGUUCAAAUUAUUUAUCUUGUGAAAUCUGUCUUUUGAGGUCAUAUUAUGUUGAUGUUAAAAUUUUUUAAAUAUCAGAUGCUCCAUGGUGUGGUCACUGUAAACAGCUGGCACCCAUUUGGGAUGAACUAGCUGAGGCUUACAAAGACAAUGAUAAAAUUGUUAUCGCCAAGAUGGAUUCCACUGCCAAUGAAGUUGAGGAAGUCAAAGUUCAGAGCUUCCCAACACUAAAAUAUUUCCCUGCUAACAGUGAUAAGGUGUGUGCUCUUUUCUUCUUUUGUUUAGACUUUCUAGGUAGAUCAUUGUUAUAUACCGGUUAUUAAUUGUUCAAAGUUAUCAAUGCAACAAUUAUUUGAGUGCGUGCUGAAUUUUUUGAGUAUCAUUUUCAUUCCAAAAAAAUUUAUUUCCAAUCCAGGUUAUUGAUUACAAUGGGGAGAGAACUUUGGCUGGAUUCAAGAAGUUUUUGGAUAGUGAUGGUCAGGAAGGUGCAGCUGCUGGUGGUGAGGUAGGUCAAAAACUUUCAUGUGGUUCACUUAAUGUGGCUAAUCUGAUGAAACUAACCAAUUUCAGUAAUUGAUUGAAUUUUGUUUAAUAAAUGAGCUUCAUUCUUGUUAAUUGGUGUACUUUAUUUCAAUGUCCUUUUUCAUGUGGUGUCAUUUAUGAUUUUCUUUAUUCUUCCACCAGCCCGAGGAGGAGGAGGAUGAUGAAGAGGAAGAAGGUGAAGAUGAUGAAAAACCAAGAGACGAAUUAUAAGCAAAAGUUGAGCCUAAUGUUUUCAUCCCGUCUGUAUUGAAGUUACAGUUAGUUAAAAUUUUUAGUGGGCAUUGUGUCGGUGCAGUUCCAGCAUUGGCGUUGUUCACAGGCCUACAUGUAUUUUUAUCUAUUGUUAAUUUUUUGAGCAUUAUUUAUACACAUCUAUAUUUAGCUUGCUCAAAAUUUGCCAUCAAAUGGGACAGGGUUCAAAAAGUCAGAUGAAAGUGUUUUAUUUUCUCCUCUGUCCCAGUGUAACAUUGGAGUUACCAAAUUCAAAAAGUAUAUAAUACGUAGGAUUGUGAAAAGUGUGGAUUUCAUGAACGUCUGUGAGUGCUGCUUUGUUUUGGGUUAUAAACUGUGAUUGUGUGUGAGAGUGUCAUGGUAAAAGUUGGUUGGCUCUUUCUUUUAGAGUCUCAUUACAAUUUAAUACAUAUUGCAUUAUUCAAAUUCUUUUGAAUUUUUUUUUAAAAACUUCUUAUAACAAUAAAGCAUGACAGGGUUGUGGUACAAGUGUUGGUGUGAUGCUUUUCUUCUUUCUUUGUCAUCAAAUGACUUCAUAUUGAUCAUUUCCUCUGUGGUCAGUUGUAAUUGAUUGAUGUAAAGCAGUUUAAGGAAGUGAACAUUUUAUUGUUAUCAGGCAGUUGAGCUGUGGCUUGUUAUCUGCAGUCAGUGGUGGCUGUUGUUUAAUGGAUGUCUUCCUUUCAGUCAUUUCCCAAUAUUACCAUUUGAUCAUGUGUUCGUACCUGUAGCAUCCAGGCGUAGAGCUGGCAACUCAAGACCUCUGACCUUAUUUUAAACAUUUUUACCUGUAUUUUGAAAGUAUGGUGUGUUGAAGAUCAGCAUUCCGCCCAGUAUUCAAGGGCCAGUGUUUUACUGAAAUAUUAAGUGUUGAAAACACUUAACAGAUAUUACAAUUUGAAUGGAUAGUCUAGUCUUGUUUUAUCAGCCUCUGCCUUCACAAUGUGUGUCUCCAAAAAGUUUUAUUUAUGUGAGCGCAUGUCCUUAAGGUCCCGUUUCUUGCUCUUGAUAAUUCAAGGUUUAAUGGGCUUCAAAUAAAAAGAAAUUUUUUCCAAGGUUUAACUGCCUCCUUUUGAUCUGUCUAUUGGGAACUUUGAAUGAUGCAUCAUGUUUGAGAUGGAAUAUGCCUAUAGAAUAAAUGAUUUGAACACCAAUAAAUGUUAAAUUAUUAUCCUUAAUUUGUUUAGUUAAAGAUUGUUUUAUAAAGUACCAGGUUCAAUAAUGUAAAGAUGAUUUUGUACAUAAAAACAGAACAAGCAUCUGUGCUGAAUGAACAUGGGCACCUGUCACUAUGGACUUAAAAUAUCUUGAAAAGAAGGCCACUCCACAUUUUCAAAAAAAUAUUGGUUAAGAUUAAGAGAAGACUUACUCUGCUUGUUUCAAAGUCCUUGUCAUGAUGGCAUGUUCUAAGAAAUGCUGCCCAUAUGAGUAUAUAACAUGUGCAUUUAAAAAGUGCACAUUUAUUUGCCAAAUAAUGAAAAAUAAUAAGACAAUAGGUUUAAAGACAGUAGUUAUUACACCACAACUUGCUCUUUGAGGAAAAUCACUGCUGCAAUAUUAUUAUUGAUAGCAUUUGAAUAAGCUUUCACUGGUUACUAAGACUGAAUUUAUGAAAAUAAACCAAAGUUAGGGGAAAAGCCGAAAUAAAAGACCAAAAAUUAUGAAGAACUGUAAAAGUUGUAUACAAAUUUAUAUUCAGAAAAUUUGAAUAAAGACAGUGUCAUCUGCAGUCUUCAAUACUUCAAAGUGAGACAAUUUUAUUUUUAUUAGGCAUAAUCUGGCUAUUUUGGAGUUAGAUUUCACUGAAUU